AGCGAGGAGCGGAGCCGUUAACUCUCUCAAACUGACCGGAUUUUAUCAUGGACACCACGGUAACCUCGUUAAAAACGGCUGUCGGUGUGGUUUAACGCGAAGUGCUCUGUAGAUGAGUUCGCGGUGAAGGAGUCGGUAAUAAUGUUCCGCUUGUUCUCGCUGGCGGCGGCGGAGCGCGGCGGACAGAAGCGGCGGCUCGAGCUCAGUCUGGCGGGGAUCUGUGAGCUCGAGCUGCUCAAGCGGCGGCACGAGGCGCUGGUGGCCGGUGCGCUCGCGCUGCACUCUCCCGAACCCGAACCCGAACCCGAGCCGAAGAAAGCCGAGCGGCCGAGCGAAGAGCCGACCCCGCCGGACGGCUCGUGGAGUCUGAUGAACAUCUUGCAGCAUCAGGUGGGAGAGCUAAAGGUGGACACAGACAGCGGCUCAGUGGAGCCCCCUACUGACGCUGGAGACAUUCCAGCCGCUUCAGGUACGGAUAAUGUUCACGUGAUCACGUUACUAAGGACCUAUGAAAUCUCACAAGCCACGCUUCCAAGCUCCGUGCAAGCGACACCAAAGGGACAAUCGACGCACCCAUGGUGGUGCAGCGGUGAGAAGUCAUGCUGGAUGGCACAGAAGGCAUCGCGUCCUGGCUCAUCACAGCAGGACUCCCCGUGUCCCCGGAGGGACUGGCCAGAGAUUCGUGGAGAGGCAACGCGUCCCCAAGCUGCGAUCUCUUGGCUGCUGGCGAUAUGGGGCGUCGGGGGCAAGAAUGAGGAGGCAACACGUCGCUCACUGCCAACCCAUGAGCCUGAUAGCCUUUUUAGAGGACUUAGGGGCUGGCUGGGACACGGGGGGGGCGCCGCAGUCCUCCAAGAGGCUCCAUGCGCCGGCCUCAACAGUGUCUCAGCACGGGGCGGAGGCGGUGUUCAACAGGGACACUGCUGUUUGUGCCGUAACGCCAACCAGGAACAGCUUCUUUCUUCCACGUCUCACUCUGUAGGUGACGUAUUCGUCAGCCGUGAGCUGAACGCUCGCGCCACGGUUCCCUGCUCUUUCUCUGCACCCUAUCCGCCUCUAGAGGACAUCACUGAAGACAAGCCGUGGAUCUGGCAUCCCAGUGAGGACGCAGAGGAGGAAGAACCCGGUGCAGAUGACUACAGACAGACACAGCAUGCCGAAACUUACAUUCUUGGCAUGAUCCAGCACCGCUCGCCUCCCACCCGACCCACAAAACCCCGCACCAGCCUGGGGCCCGAGGCCCGAGCCGUGGUCCGACAGAGCAGCCUGUGCCGCAUGGAUCCGGCGUACAUCCCCGAGGAGAGACAUGCAUGCUAUUCCCGACUCGCCGGGAUCCGCUGCGGCGCUCUGGAUCCCAGCAGCAGCGAAGCCGAAUCCUAUCAGAACGCUCGCUCGCCAUCGUCCGACGAGCUUGUGAACGCGCAAUACAUCCCAGCGCAGCCGUGCCACGCUCAAACCGUCGCGCACCGAACGCACGCCGCUCCCAAACCCACCACCUCACAGCUCAGAGCCGCUGCGAAGAAGUGCCGCUUCACAGAGGACAAGAUUGCGCAGAAGAAACCCGGACGAAAAGCAUGUCGCGCUCAAUCCGAGAACAGCCUGCUUGGGCAAAGAGAGCGCAAAUAUAACACUAUGGAGCGCAACGCUCAAGCCAAAACACGCCGCGGCUCCGGUCACCGCCGCUGGCGCUCCACGCUAGAACUGAGUCAGGACGAAGCCGAGACGCCUUCUGAGCAGCCAAUAAGACGCUCGCGCAAACCUCGUGUCUAUGCCCAACCACACCUUCAUCAUCAUCAUCAUCAGUUCCCGCCAGACGGCUACGCGCUCCGAGAGUCGGAGUCCAGUCUGAGCGAGGCCGAGUCGCCCGGCUCCAGCUCGCUCUCCAGCGACUCCGACGAGAGCGGCGGAUUGGUCUGGCCGCAGCAGCUCCGUCCACAGCUGGCUCCACCCUCUCCAUCACACCCGCCGCAGCCCAAAGCUUUCGUGAAGAUCAAGGCGUCGCAUGCGCUCAAGAAGAAGAUCCUGAGGUUCAGGAGCGGAUCACUCAAAGUCAUGACCACCGUAUGAGCGACAAACCUAAUCACAGUGAACUGAAAGCAGUUUGAAUUGAAGUGGCAAACAGGGUGACCCUUUGCAGGGAGUUUGAUUGACAGGUGGUCUGACCAAUCAUAAU